GUUCAGUGACUUUGCUUUUAAGAACAAAGAUAAUCAAAGUGGAAUUAAAUUCAGGCCGUGGGCUCUGUCUCUUUUCCAGAAGAGCUUUCUGGCUUUCCUUGUUGCAACGGGCAUCAUGGUGCCACUGGGCGACGGAUACUGCUUUUCUAAACUUAACAAGCCAGGGGAGGCUGACAAAGGCUGUAUCGUGGAUGGAAAGCUAUACCCCUUUGGGCAAAUUGAGAGGACCAAAAAUUGCUUCAGAUGCAGCUGCAGCCCAAGUUCAUUAAGUUGCUGCUCCCUCUUUCACACUCCUAUUGGUUACGACAAAGAAAAUUGUAAAGUUGUUUUCAACAAGGAAAGCUGUAACUAUGACGUGGUGAAUAGACAUAACCCCUCAGAGGAGUGUUUUGUUUAUUCUCGUGUGGGCUAA